AUGGGUGUCGACUACUACAAACUUUUGGGCGUUGACAGGAAUGCCGACGAGAACGAAAUCAAGAAGGCCUACAAGAAGAUGGCUCUGAAAUGGCAUCCGGAUCGUAAUGGUGGCUCCGAAGAGGCAUCAAAAAAAUUUAAACAGAUCUCUGAAGCCUUCGAAGUCUUGAGUGACAAAAACAAACGGGCUAUAUACGACCAGUUCGGUGAAGAGGGCCUCAAGGGUGGAGGUUCGCAAGGGGCUGGUCCCGGAGGUUUCAACUUCAGUGGAUUCCCCGGGGCUCAGUCAUUCUCGUUCACAAGCGGACCUGGCGGUGGUUUUAGCUCGAGUAGUGGCGGAUCUGGUUUCGCACCGAGUGACCCCAAUAAGAUAUUUGAGCAAAUAUUCGGUGGUGGUGGUGGUAUCUUCAACCUCGGCGGCAUGUCGGGCCGCAGUUCCACGGGUGGUAUGGGUGGUAUGCCAGGCGGCAUGGGUGGUAUGCCAGGCAUGGGAGGUACCCGAAGACGGACACGGGGCUUCGACGAGGAUGACGAUAUGACUGGCUCGUUCAACUUCUCCAGUGGAAUGCCAAACAUGCCCCGGACGCAAGCACGUUCAUCGACGUCAUCUGCACCCUCAGAAAUAACUCGCCCUCUUCGCGUCUCCCUCAAAGAGCUCUAUUCCGGCACGGUCAAGCAUCUCAAGGUUGGACGGCGACUGCUUAACGGGUCGACAGAAGAAAAGGUGUAUGACAUCCAAAUACAUCCAGGCUGGAAGAGUGGUACAAAGGUCCGCUUCGCUCGUGCCGGUAAUGAGCAGCCGAAUGGCGAGCCACAGGAUCUCGUGUUCGUCGUCGAGGAGAAGCCAGACGAGGUAUUUUCCCGAGAAGGCAAUGACCUCGUGAGACGAGUACCUAUUUCGCUCCUAGAUGCUUUGACCGGCGAGGGCGGAAAGAAGGUCGUGGAGUUACUUGAUGGAAGGAAGCUUCAAGUAUCUGUGCCAGGGGGGAUCGUCAAACCAGGGCAAGAAACGACGUUACCCGGCGAGGGAAUGCCGAUUCGGAAGGACGGCAGUGUAAAGAGCAAAGGCGAUUUGAUUGUCAAGUGGGAUGUUCAAUUCCCUGACAGAUUAACACCAACACAGCAGGAGGGACUGAAGAGAGUCCUCACGUAG